AGCUCCUGAGCCUGAGCCUGAGCCUGAAGGCUGAAGCUGCUGGCUAGCGCGCUGUGGCCACUUCACUCCCAACUGAUUGAGGCCAAGCGCAGUUGAGGAUGGAAAGAUUUAGGAGUUAUUUGCUUGCUGCCACUGUAGGAAUGUCCGAUGGAAAAGUGCAGCGCCGUCGUUGAGGCAAGACCACAUUUCAGUGGUGUCUGGGCCUGCAGUCAUUUCUGAUCGAGUCGCUUGGCAUCAUCAAGCAGUGCGAGCCUGCCAAAGACCUUGAUGUGGACACAGCUCAUUGCAUUUUAUUCUUAAACUGGAUAAAAGGUCAUCAGCUACACCCAGAGAGCGGCUUGCCUUUGGUGAGCACGUUUGCCUGGCAACUUUUGAUUCGUCGCGGGAAUCAAAAAGCGGAUUUCACAAUAUCGUGUCGGCAUGCCUAAGCGCCAUGCAAACUCUGAGUCCGAGUCCGAAGAAGAGGACUUCAGCGAGUACAGCGACGAAGACAGCGAGUCAGAGGAGGCAGAGUCAGACGCCGAGCCUGACGAAGCCGAUCUUGUUGCACACAAGCCGCGGAAGCCGCAGCGGCCGGUCGCUUACGAAGUGCCAGAAGAGGGGCCCAGCGCAGAGGAGGAGGAAAGAGACGGGGACAGGGGCCUGAGCGAGAGCGAAGGCGCUCUGAGUGAGAAAGCCGCGUCUUCAGGCGAGCAUCCAGAGGACGCUGGGCGGGAAGACGUGCAGGGAAUUGGUUUUGAAGUGGUUCAGAACAGGGUCCCUGUAGAUGGGGGAGAAGGGCCAGCGGAAGACACCGUUCUGAAUGAGCCUGUAGAAGAAGUGAAGGAGUCUGGGAGCGAUGAUGGGGAGGUGCUGGGAGAAAUAGUGGAGUGCGGGGAGGGGGAGGCGCCGGCGCGGCCGAGGGCGCCACCACAGAAGAAAAAGAUAUUGACUAAGCGGGAGUACCCGUCCGACUCGGACGUCAGCAUGCCGGACAGUCCCAAGGCUGCCCCGCUGCCAAAAGCAUUGAAUGGGAGGAGCAUGAAGAUCGAGACAAUUGACCCGGAGGAUGAUGAGGAGAGCGAAGAGGAUGAGGGAGAUGACCCGAACGACGAGGAGUUCCAGCCCGACAGCCCGGUGGCAAAAACCGGUCGCCAUGGCAGCGACCAUGAGGACUCUGAGGCCGAGUCUCAAGAGGACGAAGACAGUUUCAUCGAGUCGGAGUCUGAUGACGACACGCGGCGGCGGUCGCAACGGCGCGCCUCCACGUCGAAGAAGGCGCCUCAGAAGCGCGGCCGCCUGCGCAAGGUCGGGAAGCAGUCGUACGGGGCUUCCUCGGACGAGGACCGGACACGGAAAAGCGUCCGGAGGAGUACUAGAGCGGGGAGUGCGCGGGCACGGAGGGGGACGUACAAGGAGGAUAGUGAGGAGGAAGAGACGGAGGAGUCGGAGGAAGAAUAUGUCGAGAAGAAACCGAAGAAGAGCAAAGGGGGCGGGAAGGCACGGAAGCCGCGGAAGGCGCAGGACGAGGAUGAUUUUAUUGUGGAUGACGAGGAAGAGGAGACUCCGGACGAGUCCGAGGCGUGCGACGAAGAGAGCGACGAGGACUUCACCAUGGGCCGGCGGGUCGGCACCCUGCGGAAAGCCUCAAAACCGCAGCGUCGCGGUCGGAGCGCCCGGAGCGAGCCUUCCCCCUCGGACGACGAAGAAAGCGACGAGGAUUUCGAAACGCGGCGGGGGGGAAGGAAGCAGAAGGGGCGUGCGAGAGCGUCUGGUGGGGGGGCCACCGCGAGAGCGACUCGCUCGCGGGCCGGGAGAAUGGAGCCGAAAUCGUACUACGAAGGGGGGGACUCAGAAGACGAAGAGUAUGCGGCGGCGCCUGCGGCGGUGGAGGAGGAAGAAGACGGAGAGGCGAUUGAGUCCGUUUGGAGUCACCAGCCCGUGGGCACUGCUGAGAAAAAGGAGGCGGCGGGAGAGGACACGGCGCCGAAGGCGGAAUCGGGCCCCCGGGGCCCAAAGGUUGACUGGGACCGCGUUGAGUUUUACGUCAAAUGGAAAGGCCGGUCGUACAUCCACAAUACCUGGGAGUCUCUGGCAACGCUGGAGGGCCUGCCGGGGUUCAAGCGCGUGGGCAACUACAUGAAGCGGAUCGAGCAAGAGUUGGCGCGACGGAACGCGGUGUCGCCAGAGGAGGCGGAGCUGAUGGACGUACAGAAGGAGAUGGACCUGGAGAUGCUGGAGCAGUACACGCAGGUGGAUCGCAUCAUCGCGGAGGGCGUGACGACGGGGGAGGACGGAGAAGAAGUCCAGCAGUACUUCGUGAAGUGGCAGGGCUUGGCGUACGAGGAAGCCACGUGGGAGAACGUGAACGACAUCGCAUUCGCCCAGGACAAGAUCGACGAGUUCAAGACGCGCGAGGCCAACUCGAGCAUCCGGGGCAAGACGGUCGACGAGGCGCGGCGCGUUCUAGAUAUUAAGGAGCGGUUCCUCUCGCUGGCGGAGCAGCCCGAGUGGUUGAAAGGGGGGGGCAAGCUGCGGGACUACCAGCUGGAAGGGCUCAACCGGCUCAUCUACAGCUGGGGCCGCGACAUCAAUAUCAUUCUGGCGGAUGAGAUGGGCCUCGGCAAGACGCUCCAGUCCGUUUCCAUGCUGGGUUACCUCCAAAACGAACAGCAAAUCCAGGGGCCGUUCCUAGUUGUCGUCCCGCUCUCUGUCGUAACCAACUGGGUUAAGGAGUUUCGCAAGUGGGUUCCCGACAUGAACAUCGUGGUUUACGUCGGUAACCGCGCGAGCCGGGACCUGAUCAUGAGCAACGAGUUCUGGACGGGGCGCAAGAGCGGGCGGGCGGUCAAGUUCAACGCGCUGAUCACGACGUACGAGAUCGUGAUGAAGGACAAGACGAAGCUGUCGCAGAUCAAGUGGAGCUACCUCAUGGUCGACGAGGCGCACCGGCUCAAGAACCACGAGGCCGCGCUCUACACCUCGCUCAUGGAGUUCUCCUCCAAGAACAAGCUGCUCAUCACCGGCACGCCUCUUCAAAACAACAUCGAGGAGCUCUGGGCUCUGCUGCACUUCCUCGAGCCCAGAAAGUUCCCCUUCGAAAACCGGGAGGCCUUCAUUGACCGGUACAAGGCUCUGCAGGACGUCAAAGACGUCGCAGAGUUGCACGAGGAGCUGCGCCCGCACCUACUUCGGCGCGUCAUCAAGGACGUCGAGAAGUCGCUGCCGCCCAAGUACGAGCGGAUAUUGCGAGUCGGGAUGUCACCCCUGCAGAAGCAGUACUACAAGUGGAUCUUGGAGCGCAACUUCCAGGACCUCAACCGCGGCGCCAAGGGCGGCGGCCAGCUGUCCCUCCUCAACGUCGUGGUCGAACUCAAGAAGUGCUGCAACCACCCGUUCCUCUUCGAAAGCGCAGAGCACGGCUACGCGGGUGACUCGGGGGACCGCACGCGCGUGCAGCGCCUCGUGCUGAGCAGCGGGAAGCUGGUGCUGCUGGACAAGCUGCUGACGCGGCUCAAGGAGACGGGGCACCGCGUGCUCAUCUUCUCGCAGAUGGUUCGUAUGCUCGACAUUCUGGGCGAGUACCUGAGCCUCAAGGGCUACAAGUCGCAGCGCCUGGACGGGUCCACGCGCGCCGACCUGCGCCACCAGGCCAUGGAGCACUUCAACGCCCCCGGGAGCGAGGACUUCUGCUUCCUGCUCUCCACGCGGGCGGGCGGGCUCGGCGUGAACCUUGCGACCGCGGAUACAGUCAUCAUCUUUGACUCGGACUGGAACCCGCAGAAUGAUCUGCAGGCGAUGAGCCGUGCGCACAGGAUCGGGCAGCAGGACGUGGUCAACAUCUACAGGUUCGUGACAAGCGGCAGCGUGGAAGAGGACAUUCUCGAGCGCGCGCGCCAGAAGAUGAUUCUGGACCACUUGGUCAUCCAGAAGAUGAACGCGUCGGGGCAGUUGUACCUGGACAACAAGGGGCGGCAGGGCAACAAGGGCGGCAAGAUGUUCAAGGAGGACGACUUAAAAGCGAUCCUGCGGUUUGGCGCGGAGGAUCUGUUCAAGGACAAGGAGAGCGGCGAGGAGAGCGAGAAGAAGCUGGAGAACAUGGACAUCGACGAGAUCCUGGCGCGCGCAGAGAAGGUGGAUGCCGUAGCCGCCGCGGGCGCCGAGGAAGGCAGCGACGACUUGAUGGGCACGUUCAAAGUGGCCAACUUCACGAGCAACGAGGACGACUCCACCUUUUGGAACCGGCUCAUCCAGCCGGUUGCGGCGGAGGAGGAAGCGGGGCUGGGGCAGAGGGCGGCCAGGGACCGCCCGGUGAAGACAUACAUGGAGGAGCAAAUGGAGGAGACCGACAAAAAGGCCCGGCCCAAGGACCGCAAACGAGACAAGCCCCGCAGUCGGGGCACCCCUCUGAAGAAAGCGGCACGGGAAGAAAGCGUUCCGGAGGCUGCACCGAUCGAAGGCGCGCACGCGCGAGUUUCGGAGUGGGGGGGCGGGCGGGGCCUCUCGAAGAAGGACGCGGCGGCCUUUGUGAAGGCGGUCAAGAAGUUUGGGGACGAGAGCCGGAUGGACCUAAUCGCCGAGGAGGCUGGGGGGGCAGUCGAUAACGCCGAACCACACGACCAAGCGGACCUGUACCGGGCACUCCAUCGGGGGUGCAAGGCCGCUGUUGCCGCCGAAGAAGACAACGAGGAGCGCGCAAAGGGGGGACCGGUGCUCGACUUCUUCGGUGUUCCGGUGAAAGCGGCGGAAGUGCUGUCGCGGAUCAAGGAGCUGACGCUCCUGGCGAAAAGCGUGCGGCGGUUCAACGACCCGCCGUCGCAGUACCGGCUGAAGUCCCACCCAAAGAACCCGCAAUGGCACAAGACGUGCGGAUGGACGCAGGUGGACGACGCGCACCUGCUGCUGGGCGUGCACUUCCACGGCUUCGGCAACUGGGAGAAGAUGCGCACCGACGAGCGGCUCGGGCUGGACCACAAGAUCGCGGCAGCCGGGCUGAGCGCCCACGAGACGACUCUCCCGCGCGCGGUGCACUUAGACGCGCGAGCGGCAAAACUGCUGAAAGAGGAACGGGAACAUAUCGAGGGGCCAUCGAAAGCGAUGAAAGGCCCGCUGCUCCUGCGGAAGCCGGCGGGGGGGGGUGUGCAGAGGGGGAGGAAAGAGGGGGGGAAACGGGAGAGGGACGAGGAAGAAGAGGGGGAAGUGGGGCGCGAGGAGGGGGAGAUCUCGGGGGGGGAGGAGAAGUGGAAGAAGAAGAAAAGGCGGCGGGUGGAGGAUUCCGGGGGGGUGAAAGGCAAGCGGAAAGAGGGGGCGAGGAGGGAAGAGCGCCCGGCGAAGAAAGAGCGGGGGGCGGGGGGGGAUAAGGAGGCGAGGAAGGAUGCGGAGCGGGCGAGGAAAGACGAGAAGUGGCGCCGGUGGUGCGCGGAGGAGAUGAGUGAGAUGCAGCCGACGCUGGACAAGCUGCAGGGGCUGCAGGACCGAGACGACCUGAGCAAGAAAGAGACGAUCGCCAAGGUGAAGAAGUACCUCAAGACGCUGGGGGAGCACAUCGAUAUGGUCAUUGACGACCACCCGGGGCAAGAUCCGGAGAGACUCGCAAAUCGGCUCUGGGCCUACACGGCGACCUUCUCCUCGAUGGAAGGGACAAAGCUGGCUGACGUCUACCAAAAGCUCAAGGCCCAAAAGAAGUCCCCCGAGGAGCCUCCCCCUCCACCAUCGCACCGUUGGCCCCCCCCAGAAAAAGCACUUCACGCACGCCCUGCAAGCGGCGAGCGCUUCCCUCGGGAGGGCGAUUCUCGACGACCCGAAAGAGAAGCCUAUGCGGGCCGCGGUCGCCCCGUGUCUCGCGAUCAACCACGAGUGCACUCCCCCAACAUUCUGCUGGUGGAGAGGCCCCCAUCGAGGGAGCUAUUGGCGGCUGAUGGGCUAAGGCCCCCAAGCAGGGACCGGUUGCCCUUGGACCGGGGGGUUCCAGCUAGGGGCGAUUACUACCCCCCAGAGCGAGCAGCGCCGUACCUAGACCCGCACGACCGCCCCUUCGUCGGCGGGAGGGGAGCGCCGCCGACGUAUUCGGCUGAGAGGCCGCGAUACCCUGUCAGAGGUGACGUAGGGUAUGACGUCAGGCUGGAUUACCCGGCGGAUCCUCUCGCCGGGCGGCACCGGGCGGCGCCGAACGUUUUGCCGGAGAUGGUCCCGGUCGGGCGGGGGCCUGUCCCCGAGAUGGAGCCCCCCCAGGAAGCUUAUAGGUGGCGGGAAAGAGGCGCGCUAGAGCCCGGUUACCUGGGACCUUCAGAGGUUCCGCCGGGCGGCCCCGGUUGGAGGGGCGGCGAGUUUGAAGCCGCACCUCGGUGGGGGGGCCAAGCGCGAAGGUGGCGGGACGAGCCGGAACCAGUUCCGGUGCCACCGCCUCCGGGCCGCUGGGGAAGGGUAGAGCCCGGGUAUAGUGCCCGGGAGCGGCAGAUGUGGCAAACCGAGUACCCGCCAAGAGAAGACUGGGCCCGGGGAGGGGGGCCGGGGCGAGGGUAUGGCGGUCGGGGCUUUGAGCCCCAGGAACGGAUAUCUCCACGGGGGAUGCCGGAAAUUGUGCGUGAGCCUCUGUGGGACGGACCUCCUAGACCGGGUAGGACGGCGGGGAGUUAUGGCGAAGAAGCCCCGGGGCGAAGGUGGGAGGCGGCGGCUGCGCCUCUGAGCGUUGAUAAGAAAGUCAUUGUUGAGGAGAGGACAGAUCCAACUAAUUCUGCAGAAACGUGAGCUCUAAUGCAUGUAGACGACUAGCAUUUGUCGAGGCCUGCAGGAAAGCGCAAGCCCCCGCCGGAAUUCGAGAGUGGGACGUUGCGCAGGGUUGAUCUCUUAAUGCUGAGGCCUGCCCGUUGAUUCUUUUAGGAGUGUACUUGACCUAGUUUCUAACAAGAAUGUGACGAGCAGCUGGCACGGCCCAAGGAUGCAAGUCCGGCUCUUCAGAUGUUUGAACGAUGCAUGCACUUCAGCUGAAUCGGCACCAAUUGGGAC